AUGAAAGGAGAGUCAGGGGGGGACUUGGAAACCACCCUUCCAAAACAAUAUCUUCCCAGAGCCCUGGCUGUUCCGGACACAAACCAUCCCGUGAGAACACCCGGACAUCACAGCCGAAACUUGAGUGUUCUUCAGCAGCAUGUUGCGUUUUUUGACCAGGACGAAAAUGGGAUCGUCUACCCUUGGGAAACUUUUGUUGGACUUCGAGCUCUUGGUUUCAACGCGAUUGCAUCUCUUAUCCUGGCUGUUGUCAUCAAUGAAGCACUGAGUUAUGCUACUCUUCCUGGGUGGUUUCCUUCUCCGUUCUUGCCCGUAUACAUUCUAAACAUUCACAAGGCUAAGCAUGGUAGUAAUACUGGAACAUAUGACAAAGGGAAGAUGGAAAUGCUUGAGAAACAAAAGAGGGGUGAACAUAGAUUUUUGGUUUAA